CCCCGACUCUUCCGGCCGCCCCCACCUCACCUUGCCGCCAUGCGCCUCCGCCGCCUAGCGCUGUUCCCGGGUGUGGCGCUGCUUCUCGCCGCGACCCGCCUAGCCGCUGCCUCCGACGUGCUGGAACUCACGGACGACAACUUCGAGAGUCGCAUCUCUGACACGGGGUCUGCGGGCCUCAUGCUUGUCGAGUUCUUCGCCCCAUGGGUUGAUUGCACUGCCAACACUAACACCUGUAAUAAAUAUGGAGUCAGUGGAUAUCCAACCCUGAAGAUAUUUAGAGAUGGUGAAGAAGCAGGUGCUUAUGAUGGACCUAGGACUGCUGAUGGAAUUGUCAGCCACCUGAAGAAGCAGGCAGGACCAGCUUCAGUGCCUCUCAAGACUGAGGAAGAAUUUCAGAAAUUCAUUAGUGAUAAAGAUGCCUCCGUAGUAGGUUUUUUCAAGGAUUCAUUAAGUGAAGCGCACUCUGAGUUCCUAAAAGCAGCCAGCAACUUGAGGGAUAACUACCGAUUUGCACAUACGAAUGUUGAGUCUCUGGUGAAUGAGUAUGAUGAUAAUGGAGAGGUCUUGGCACAAAUAUCUCUUGUUUCCCACAGGGUAAUGAUGGUGGCAAAGAAAUUCCUGGAUGCUGGGCACAAACUCAACUUUGCUGUAGCUAGCCGCAAAACCUUUAGCCAUGAACUUUCUGAUUUUGGCUUGGAAAGCACUACUGGAGAGAUUCCUGUUGUUGCCAUCAGAACUGCUAAGGGAGAGAAGUUUGUCAUGCAGGAAGAGUUCUCGCGUGAUGGCAAGGCUCUGGAGAGGUUCCUGCAGGAUUACUUUGAUGGCAAUCUGAAGAGAUACCUUAAGUCUGAACCUAUCCCAGAGAGCAAUGAUGGUCCUGUAAAGGUGAGGUGCUCACAACCUUAUCAAGCUAUGAGCAAUUGCCUCUCAUUUUCUCUCUCUCUCUCUCUUUUUUUUUUUUUUUUUUGUCCUCACUCCCUGAGUCAUAAAAUAAGCAUUGGCAGGACUCAAAAUGCUUGGCUCAGCAAAGACCCAAAUAUCGUCAUAGCCAAGAUGGAUGCCACAGCCAAUGAUGUGCCUUCUCCAUAUGAAGUCAGAGGUUUUCCUACCAUAUACUUCUCUCCAGCCAACAAGAAGCUAAAUCCAAAGAAAUACGAAGGUGGCCGUGAAUUAAGUGAUUUUAUUAGCUAUUUACAACGAGAAGCUACAAACCCCCCUGUAAUUCAAGAAGAAAAGCCCAAGAAGAAGAAGAAGGCACAGGAGGAUCUCUAAAGCAGUAGUCAAACACCACUUUGUAAAAGGACUCUUCCACCAGAGAUAGGAAAACCAUUGGGGAGGACUGGGACCCAUAUGGGAAUUAUUACCUCUCAGGGCUGAGAGGACAGAAUGGAUAUAAUCUGAAUCCUGUUAAAUUUUCUCUAAACUGUUUCUUAGCUGCACUGUUUAUGGAAACACCAGGACCAGUUUAUGUUUGUGGUUUUGGGAAAAAUUAUUUGUGUUGAGGGGAACGUUGUGGGGUGGGGGGAAUUGAGUUGGGGGGUAUUUUCUAAUUUUUUUUGUACAUUUGGAACUGUGACAAUAAAUGAGACCCCUUUAAACUGUC